AUGCCUCUAGUCCCGGGUUUCAAUCCCGACCCAUGUGAGUCCAAUCCACUGCGCGACUUUGAAGAGCCAAUGAUAUCGGUCCUGAACUGCUUCAUCUCCACUUCACAGCCUGCAUCUGUGUGGAUGGUGUUUUCUACCUCGUCACCUCGACGUUCCUCUACUUCCCCGGGAUCCCCAUCUACGCUUCCCGAGAUUUGGUAAACUGGACCCAGAUUGGUGCGUCUCUUGUUCUCGGCCACCUAACCGCUUAUCAUGCCCCUAAAAAUAUAUAUUUAAAGAAUCUCAUAAACAGGGAAUGUCGUUUCUCGACCAUCCCAAAUCACUCGGUUGACCGAAUGCGAAAUUCGUUACCCCAUCGGAGGAGGACUUUGGGCCCCGACGAUCCGUCAUCACGAGGGCGAGUUCUUCGUCACCGUCACGCUCGUGUUCCCUCAAAUGAAGUAUGAAGAUCCGAAGAGAUGGGAUAAUGUACGUCUUUUUCUAAAAUCUACUCGAUGGUUGGGGGGACAUGCCUCGCAUGAGAGCCGACUCUGACCUGAAAUUUUCCAUCCCUCGACACUUUCGUCCAGCUCUUGUUCAAGACAAAGGACCCACGAAAGGGAUGGUCGGAUCCUGUUCGAUUCGAUUAUCCGGGGUAUGACACCUCUUUGGCGUGGGAUCGGGAAGGUGUGGCGCAUGUACAGGGGUCUUUCUAUUGGCGAGUGAGUGGGACCGAGAGCUUGUGUCUGAGACCCAUGACAAUGAAUGCUGAGUAUCUCCAACUUCUGUAGGUCCGACCGGAGAUUUCACAAAUCACCAUCAACACGGAUACGGGAGAAGCCCUGUCGGGUAGUCAAGGACCGGAAAAGAUUUGGUCGGGUGAAGGUGGCAAAGCGCCUGAAGCGCCGCACUGCUAUUGGAGAGAGGGGUGGUGGUGGAUCAUCAUCGCAGAGGGUAAGCUUAAGCGAUUCUCGCAAUCUGAACCCGAAGCUGACGGAGUGAGACGUACUUUUCAGGUGGUACCGAGCUCGGCCAUCGGUGCACCAUGGCGCGUUCGCGCUCCUUAACCGCACCCCUAUCCGAAUGGGAAAGCUGUCCCUCCAACCCCGUACUCCAGUCCAUAACCCUGCCACCCGUCGGAGCCUCCAAUUCGGACCCUUCCCUCGAUUCCUACUUCAUGACCGUAGGGCAUGCGGACCUCUUCCAAUCGUCGGCGAAUGGGCAAUGGUUCGCUGUGGCGCUUGCGACGAGGGAUGGGAUUGAGGACUUCCCUAUGGGGAGGGAGACGGUAUUGGCACCCGUUGAGUGGGAGGAGAGGGAUGAAGAAGGGAAUCUCAAUUGGCCUGUGUUUGGCAAGGUCAGGUCGAAGAUGUGGGCGAAGUUGCCGGUUGGUGAUGGGGGGCAGGAAGAGAAGGGGAUUGAGCCUUUGAAGGAAGAAGGGCCCGAAAAUUUGCUCGAGCUGUGUGCGAAGCAAGAAGAGGAUGGACAAUGGCCUCUGCACGUCUUGUUCCUUAGAUUACCGGACCCGAAGGCGUAUACUUUGGAUCGAUCGACGCCAUCGCUCAAUCUUCGACCAAACUCAAGCUCGACGCUUCUCGACCAAGGCAAGGCAGGAACGACGACGUUGAUCGCUCGUCGUCAGACCGACCUCGAAGGAUCAAUGACGACGAAGAUGACGUUCCCCAGGGGAAUCGAAGGUCUCGAAGCGGGCUUGACCGUCUUCUUGGACGCCACACACCAUCAUGCACUGACCAUUUCGGGCGAUCAAAAACGACUGAUCGUCAGAUCCGCAGAUGGGGUUGAACACGGCAAGGGCCUCGAGGUCACGGACACACCGGGCACGAUUGAUCUCAGAGUUGAGUGGACAACAUCGGAGUACAGCUUCUCGGCCCGGAUCGGCGAUAAGUCGGAAUGGACAAAGGUUGGGCAGGGCAAGGCGAGCGCGGUCUCUGGAGGGUUCACAGGGGUCGUUGUGGGCUUGUUCGCCCAAGGGGAUGAGUCGAAGGAGGUUGUCGUCUCUGAAUGGGUCUACCAAAGCACUCGGACAUGGUAG